AUGUUUAGGUAUUUUCUUUUCAUUACAGAAGAUGACAAAGUGGGAACAUUGGAUGUUUUGCUAAGUAGUGCUUAUUGCCGUUCGCAGCGUUUCUUGUCCAAACAAUUGGCCCAGUUGCGUCCGGAGCUGACAAUGUCAAUGUUUUCAGAAAUUACACACCGCUUUCAAACAGCCCGAGAAGAUGUGCGUACACUAUUGUUGCAAUGUUUACAGCCAUGGCUGCAUAAUAUGGAAUUGGUUGCAACAACAGUGCCCCCAGCCACGCCAUUGUCGUACAUCAUGUAUUUCCCCGACUCUGGAACGAGGGGACGACGAGAAGGUACCGGUUCAACAGAGGCCACUGAAAUGAUACUGAACAAUCUAUUCUAUAUAACAGCUAAGUUUUCCGAUACACAUCCGCGUGACAUUGAAGAGCUAUGGGGUACCCUUUGUCAAUUUUGGCCGAACAAUUUAAAGGUGAUACUACGCUACCUGGUGAUAAUGAGUGGCAUGGCGCCCAACGAAUUACUGCCCUAUGCUAAACGUGUCGCUCUGUAUUUGGCCCGCACAUGUCCGGAUCGUCUCUUGGAUGAGUUAAUGGCAGAACUGCAAACUGUCGAGACCCUCAACUGCCUAAUUGAACGUACAGAAACACCACCAUUUUAUCGCUUGACCAGCAUGCGUAAAGCCUCCAGUCAUUCAGCUGAUGGACAACCCGUCGGUGGAAUCAACGAUUCUCGUAUCCAAGAUCUUACUGUAGAAAAGGGUACAAUUCAUACAAAACGUCACAGUGGUGAGGAUCCAAUAAAAACCGGCACAUGUAAAUCGGAUAGCGGCAUAAGAGCAUUUACUCAGGCCACUAAUAAUCGACCACCGCGUGGUGCCGACAAAAUACGUGCAGCUUCCGGACCAUCUAUAUUACCCAGACCAGAAGAUAUACUUAUUAAUGAUCCAGAGUCACGUCAAGAAGAAAAUGUGGAAUUACGUUCGUCGGAAGUAUCGCAUACAGCUCCAGUUGCAGCACCACAUCCUUUACCGAUGCCAGAAUAUGGUGGUUAUUUUGCACCGCUAACAGAGUUCUUGCCUGAUGUCAGUUUGCCAAUAAGUGGUUUCCAUAGGUGUAAUGUUGCUGUUAUGCUACUCACGGACAUUGUGGUAGAUGGUAUACCCGGCAUUGAUUGGACUCUUCAUUUGCCAUUGAUGUUGCACAUUCUCUUUUUGGGUUUGGAUCAUAAUCGUGUGAUUGUACGUGAACAUUGCAAACAGCUGUGUAUGAAUUUAUUGAUUGUAUUGGCUGAGCACAAUGACCAUUUGACAGUGGCUCGUAUUCUAUUGAACAGUGAGACGACAAAGCUUGAUUUGGGUUUGACAGUGCCAUCAUUGCCAGUGAUCGAUAAUUAUUUUACAGAAUCUCAUCAAGAAUUCGAUAGUUAUCUGUACAACAAUUGCUAUGUAAUAGCAACAUCAUCGAAUCUUAAUUCAACGUCACAGCAGCAGCAACAACAACAGCAUAUACUGCCUUUGGGUGCUUCAAAUUCAACAGUAUCCGGCUUGUAUGCUGUACAACAGUAUCAGGUUACCAACUAUGUUAAUCAACAACAACAGUUAAUUGUUGCAACUGGAAAUAUUCAGCAGCAGCAACAACAACAACAACAAGAUAACCACAUAAAUCUACAACAACCACCACCAAUUAAUCAAUUAUCAGCAUCGACACAGCAACAUGCUAUGCCGCCUACACAGGCCCAGUCAUUGCAACAACAACAAUCAUCCACACAAACAAUGGUGCAAAUCAAUCCGAAUACCACCGAAAAUUCUGAAGUUCCUUUAAUAAUAACAGCCGAUGAAAAUGCCCCACCCCAACCGGGUCCAACAAUGCCAAUAAUGCAUGUCAUUAAAAGUUUAUUGAAAUUUUUAGCUCAAGAAUCUUCCCAGCCCUUGUGGAACUACGAAGAUAUAACAGCCAAGGUUUGGUCCAUUAAAUCGGCCGAGCAGUUGAGCUGUUUCUUGCGCCACAUUGUCAAAGUGUUUUCCGAUAGCUACCUCCAAGCCCGUAUAGCAGAGCGUUGGGCCCAAACAGCUCUACAACUGGGUCUCUCUUGCUCAUCUCGCCACUAUGCCGGUCGUUGCCUUCAAAUUUUCCGAGCCCUAAAUGUGCCUAUCAACUCUCGCAUGUUGUCCGAUAUUUUAUCACGUUUAGUGGAAACUGUUGCCGAACAAGGCGAAGAUAUGCAGGGCUAUGUAACCGAACUCUUACUAACGCUCGAAGCCGCUGUCGAUAGUUUGGAUUCCGAUUUUAGGCCGUUAGAUGUAAUGAAGGACAUUUUCAAGAGCACUCCAAAUCUAAACAACAAAGAUGGCGGACCGAACUCAAUAUUGCCGGGUGGUAAAAAAUCACCCUCAGGUAUGACACCGCAAUCACCGAACUUCUCAUUGCAAAGUCACGCACGCAGCACUAGCUACUCGGUAUCGUAUUGCGCUCGUAAAUCCACAAACUCUCCAUGUGACAAGCAAGUUGAGCUACGUAACAGAGCUACUGGAAUCGACAUGGAACGUAAUAUGGCAAAAUUCGGCAUAGUUAGCGGUUCGGCAUUAUCGCGUUCACGCAGUGCUCAAAGUUUGAAAAUGUUAGGAGAUACCGCUACACAAGAUGAUAAAAUGACAAUAUUGGCACAAUUGUUUUGGUUAUCUGUAUCACUAUUGGAAAGUGAUUAUGAACAUGAAUUUCUUUUGGCUUUAAGACUUUUGACGAGGGUACUUCAUCGAUUGCCGCUGGAUCGUCCCGAUGCUAGGGAUAAAGUUGAAAAGUUACAACAACAAUUGAAGUGGGCUGGUUAUCCCGGUGUACAUGCUUUACUGUUAAAGGGCUGCACACAUACGGCAACUUAUGAACCCACCAUUACUUUGUUAUCACAAUUUGCUCCAUUGCUCAAUUUGCCGGUGUGUGAUCCGACACAAAGUUGUGCUUUCCCCAUGAAUGUUAUUGCCCUACUACCGUAUAUGCUCUUACACUAUGAAGAUGCCAAUGAGAUAUGUAUACGCAGUGCUGAAAAUAUUGCUCAAGUCUCCUCCGAAUUGGGUGCGAAAUUGGAAAAUCUUGGAACUGUAAUGACACUCUACAGCCGCAAAACAUUUUGCAAAGAAUCAUUUCAAUGGACAAAGUGUGUUGUUAAAUAUCUUCAUGAUACCUAUGCACAUAUGGGUCUGCAUAUGUUGGCCUUCCUAAUUGAGGUCUUAGAGAAGGGACCACAACAAAUCCAAGUACCAGUGUUGAAUGUUAUUCAUUGUAUGCUGCACUAUGUGGAUUUGUCGGCACCGCAGGCACAGACAAUAAAUGCGGAUUUGUUAAGAGCGAUUGGAAAAUAUUUGGAGACUCCCAACUGGAAGGAUUCCCUGAAAAUACUUAAACUGAUCGUUACGCGCAGUUCAUCGUUGCAAGUUGUGCCGCCAAGUGAAGGCGGCAGCGUUGGGUUUUCGUUCUCUUUCUAUGGUACAUAUCCGGAUUCGGAUAUGUUCUGUAAAAAGGAACUAGCCGGACGUACUAUGGAAUUUACAUUCGAUGUAUCGCAAACACCGCUAAUCGGUCGUCGCAUUCUAUUGAAAACUGAUGAAAACGCAUCGACAGGCGGUGCCAACAAUACUAAUACAAAUAAUGCCCCAUCUAGUACAACGACCAGCACAAAUGCGGCAGUGAGCAGUACAACUGGACAAAAUCCAAACAACAAAGGCAAUGCCUACAACAACAACAAUGGCAAUUCACAUUUACAUCAACAAUCUUCAAUGCAUAACAACAGUAAUGUGGGAACACCCAAUUCUCCAAGGCGUAGUGCCAGUUUAUCGCCAGCCGAUACGGCACCAUUAAGCGGCUGGAAACGUCCUUGGAUGUGUCAAAGUCGUGUCAGAGAGUGUUUGGUGAAUUUACUCACAACAUGUGGACAACGUGUUGGCUUGCCAAAAUCUCCAUCGGAUGACUUUAUAAAUUCCAUAUGCUCAAAGGUUAUAUUCAGUCAAUCGUCUGAUCUAAUGGAACGACAAUCAUCGGCCGCCUCAUCGACAGAAGAAACUUCGGGACCACAGGGUGAUUUGAGCAGUGGUUCACGUCGUGAUGAUGGUCAACCCGAUUUUACGGUCUUCAAAGAUUUCGAUUUCUUGGAGUAUGAAGAUAGUAUUGCAGGGGAAUCAACUGAUAACUUUAACUGGGGCGUACGGCGUCAUCAAUUGUUUGAAGGUGACGAAGACAUACUAACAUGUGGUGCAGGUGGAAUGGGUGGUGGUGGCACCGGUUCCAUUAAGGGCGGCCACUCGUCAGCAUUGGAGGAUAGUUUCAGCGAUAAAACACCCAUAUUAAGCAAACGUCGGCGACAAACCGCCGAUGAUUCAUCUGACGAGGAAGCCGAAUCAGAAUCGCCCAUUGAUGAAGAUCAUCGUCAGUCGUUUAAGUCUGGUUUCAAUGUGGGACCUCCAACCUCAUUGAGUUUAAGAGAAAGAAGACGUCGCAAUUCGGUAUCACGUAGUGAUACGAGCGGUUCCAGUGCCGGUGAUUUGGGUGACAUAACGCCUUGUAAUGCCUCACCACAUUUGCCGGGCAUUAUACGUUUUGGAGCCGCCGUACGUGACGAAGCUGAAGAAAAUUGGCGCAAACAAUUACAGGCUAUGCUAAUCAAUCAACCAUCAGCACAUACUUCCGAAUUGUUGAUGCAAUUGUAUCGUCUCAUUAAAGAGUUGACAUUUAAAACCAUCAGCAUUUCAAAAGAAGCAAAGAAAUUCUUUACCGGCAUCGGUUCCCAAUUGGGUAAUCGUAUUUCGUUAUUUACGGAUUUGUUGAGUUCCAGGGCAGAUCCGCCAAGAGUUUGGUGUAGUGAACAUCAAACAACUACGCCAAGGCUAUUUGAGACGUUGCGUUUCAAUGUCUUGGAAGUGCAAGAACAUUUGGAGACAUUUUUCGAUCGCAAAGAUCAAGUGCUGGAGUGCCUUGAUUCGGUAAAGUCUUCCUGUAAAUUAUCUCUAUUCAGUGAAAAUGAUGUUGCUGCUUCGGGACUUGAUCUAGCCUCAACAUCUAAUAUACCAUAUAUGCCGUUUGAUCCAGCAUCCACAGAGGUGGUUUUAGAUUUGGGUAGAGCCCUGUACAAAUUAAUGUUUCAACUAUUGCUUCUGAUCGAAUCGAAUCAUAAAAUCAGCUCGAAUGUUGUCAAUCAUUUUAGACAGAAUGAAAACGUUCAGGAUAUAUCCGAUUUGUAUACUCUAGUGAGAGAUGCUUUAGUUCGUAGCAUAAGUGAAACCGAAUUGGAAACAUUGGACACUUCCACCUCAACAGAAGGUGAACAUACACCCACACCCUCGCCUGGUAUUCCCAUGUCGCAGGAAGAAUUCGAAACAACACUUCACGAACUGAUAGAUGCUCAGAAAUGGUCAGCAGCCAUUGCCCAUGUUCGUCAAUAUAAACGUGUUUCACAGAUGACAGGAUCAAAUCUGAAUUUGACUAUAUUUAGCUAUACUAAUCUGGACAAUCGUCUGAAAUACGAUGAGAUGUCAAUAAUAUUGAAUGCCUAUGCACAAAGCAUAAUGAAGGAUAGGCAAGAAGCAUUUAUUGUCUCAAAAUCAGAAUCCGAACUAUUUGAAGUUUAUGCCAUAUUAUCGGAGAAUUUGUAUCAUGUUUCCAGUGCAUUGACAACCAUGGAAAUCAAUAUGAAAAGCUAUACUCAAACUCAUGCUUCAAGUUCAUCACACGCUUUUCGUGGUGGUGAAUCAAGUGACAGAGUUACAAAUCUCUAAAUUACACAAUAAU